AUGGCGAGCCCAGCGAAACCUCGCCGCCGCAACAACCCCAGCGGGGCGGCAGCCAAACCCGCCGCGAAGAAGGGGAAAACAACGCGCAGAGCUGCAGAACCAAAAAAGACAAAAGCAGCAGCAAGUCAUGCAGAAACUGUAAAGAAAACAAAGAACCACACCCCAGCCAAAGCAGCGACGCCGCCUAAGAGUUCAGAGGCCCCUCAAGAGCACGACAUUGCGGCUUUGAUCGAUAAACAACGACGCCUUCAGGACGAAAUCAGUUCUCGUCAGCGUGAGAUACUGUCGCUCAAGGAGCUGGUGACUGCAUUGUCUGGGGGCGCGGUGCCGUUGCCUGUGCCGGUGGAGGUCUUCUAUAAACUGGGGCAGCAGUUCAUAGAGGCGAACCCCCGCGUCUUCUCUCUGACUUUCCCGCCGUUGGAGCAGCUGCAGCAACCGACAGCAGACGCUGCAGCAGGAACUGCUGCAGCAGGAACACCCACACAGGCAGCCAGCGGAGAGCCAGGGGAGGAGGAGAAUGAAGAAAUACAACAUGCGAGAGAUACGCCGAACAAACAGGGAAGCGAACAGAGACAAAAAACAGAGGGAGAGCAAGUCGUAAUCUCGAGACAUGGAUCCGGCGGCCAAGCAUAUGCAGAGGCUGCUGCAAAGAGAGAGAUGCCAGAGCUAGAGAACGAGCAGGAAAAGUACAUGCAUCAGCAGCAGCAGCAGCUACAGCAGCCGCAGCAACAGCAGCAGCCGCAGCCGCUACUACAACCGCAGCAGCCGCAGCAGCUACUGCAGCCACAGCAUAUGCAUAUGCAUCCGCAGCAGCUCAAGCAGCUGCAGCAGCAGGCGCAAAUAGGAGAACCUGAACUUCAGCAGGAGUUGUCUCUGCGGGUUAAACUUGCAGCUGCCCUUUCUGAGCAGAAUGAAGUACUGCAUGCACAGGCGAGGUUACUGGCUGACGCGGUGGCAAGCAGAGAUAAGAGGAUGGAAAUUGUAGAGGAAGAGUUGAAUGUAUUGGAGAGAAAAAUAAGCAGCAUCGCGCAGAAAGCAGAACAAAUCGUCACUGCAGCAGCAGCAAACAGACGAAAGCUUGGCGAGCAUCUUCUUCUUAGAAAUUCAACUGCGGCUGCUGGUAUGGGUUCAGGGGCUUCUGAUCAAGCAGCAGACCUGCACACGCGGCUGCCUUUCACAGAAACCCCAGCGGGGAAAGAAACCGAGGAAGAUAUAAAACGAGAAGAUUCGUUGACUCCAAUGAACGCCUCAAAUGAUAGUAGAAAGGCAUCUCGGGGUUCCUCUGUUCCGUGUGAUACGCCGACACUUGCCGAAGAAGCCGCCAGCGUUAGUGCAGACUACCAAGGCUACUUGUCUCGCGAGGACUGCAGCCCUAUUGAAAAAAAGACGGCUGAGGCAUUGCAUGCAGAUCCUCGUAUUUCUUUGGAGCCUGUAUUCUCUCCGGAAGGAAGUGCGAACGACCACCUGCGUGCAUCAGAGAAGACCCCAGCUAUGGGUUCUUCGGGGGAGCAGUGCACCGUUUCUCCUGGUUGUUCAUUGGCCCCGCGUUAUUAUCCUGAGGUCACUCCCAUAGAUAUAUCUGCAAGCUUAGGCUGCUUGAGCCCCGCGGAAAUGCAGGUUCUGUCGAGAGAAGAAGCAAAGCUUAACAGGAGCGCUGCGGCAGUGAACGGCUGCAGCAACAGCACAUCAGCUGGCUGCGUUUCAGCUGCUUCGGGAUACCCAAAGUACAACCAGUUGCUUGUUCCUUCUUCGGGUGUAUGUGCAGCGUCCGUAAAACCCGAAUUCAAGAACGCACAGCAGCGAGGCCAAACGGUGCAGUGGCAGGCCCGCUCAUGA